CGCGUUCAGUUUACCACCACCAGUUCAGUGCCGUCGCGACGUUUCGUACAACAAAUAUGCGGGACUUGGCUGCAAAAAUGGCCGAAUUAAAGUUUGAAGCACCCUUAGCGCAAUUUGAAGAAUCGGACGAGUGGGGCUCCGCCGAAUUUCAAUCUUACAAAGGAAACGAAAACGAGAUUAAUAAUAUUAAUAGUAAUAAAAAAGUGAAAGAUUUGAAUCAGGUUCUCAAUGAACUUAAUGAAGACCUCACCAACAACUCCAAUACAUUGGAUACAAUCAUCCCCCCAAAAUCCACUCUUCUUUUAAAAAAUGAGCAAAAUGUCGUUCAAAACAAUUCGAACCCAGAAAACCUCAACAACCCUCCAGAGGAUAAUUUCACCGAAACCUUUUCUGGGUCUUUGGAAGAUUUGGUCAACACUUUCGACGACAAAAUCACCAAAUGUUUUGGUAAUUACGAGGAGUCCGUGGAGAAAUUGGCUCCGGUACAAGUAAGGAGUCAGGAGGAGAUCAUGAACGAAUGCCAGAUGUGGUGGACAAUCACUGGAAACUUCGGAAACAUCCUGCCAAUCGAUUGGUCCAAAUCCUACGCCAGGAAACUACAAAUUGACUCAUUGCAUUUAGAACAGCAACCUCAAUCCCCAGACGACGACUUAGACCUUUCCUCCGAAGACGAACAAGUGGCAAACGACCUCGACAUGCACGCUCUGAUACUCGGAGGCAUACAGCAAGAUACCGAACCUCUAAAAACUGCCGACGAAGUGAUCCAAGAAAUCGACGAUAUGAUGCAAGAGGACGAAUGCGAAGAAGACAGCCCAACAAGAGAUUCAUUUGAAAACAGCGAAGCUAUGGAAAAGGCCAAAGAAGUCCUCGCUUCGCCGCUUUACGAAGACAAACUACGCAGCCUCAGCUUGUCUCAGCUGAACGAAUUGUUUUUGGAACUCGAAGUUUUGAUUAGAGAAUUCUCUGAAACACUUAUUUCUGAGCUGGCGCUCAGAGACGAGCUCGAAUACGAGAAAGAACUGAAAAACACUUUUAUUUCUUUGCUGUUGGCGGUGCAAAAUAAGAGGAGGCAGUACCACGUUGAAAGGAAGCGAAGUUCCAGAAAUAGUUUGGUUAAAACACCAAAUGGAUUGGAUCCAAAAUAUUUAACUACAGUCAUUCCAUACCACAUAGAUAAUGGUACUCCACACAAUCAGACUCUUCAAGUAUUAAUUAAAAUUUUAAAAGCCAUAAAUGAAGAUAGUCCAACCGUUCCAACGCUCCUCACGGAUUAUAUAUUAAAAGUUAUAUGUCCGACGUAAAGUAUCCCUUCUAGAACAAAAAAUCGGCGCACAAGAAGACUACCAUUCUUGACACCUUUUCUAGCGUAAUUUUAACAAGAAAAAUCCCCCAUUAUUCUAAAGCAUUUUACUUGUUCCUAGCAACUAUCAAUAAUUGCUAAUUAUUAUAAAUUUUUGAAAUUAUGUGUCAUAUCUGAAUCUAGUCUAUACAUUAUUCAAUUGCGGAUUUUUUUUUAAUUUGUAUAUUUGUGGUUGGUCGUUUAUUUUUAAGGGCUUUCUGUGAUUUUAAAUUGAUAAAAAUAUUUAUUUAUGUAUUUAUUUGUAUAAAUAUGUUUUGAUGAAAGUUAAAAGAAAUAUUAUACCUAAAUAGGAUAUAGAAAUAGGUGUUCAAAAAAAAAAAAAAAGUAUUUUCUAGCUUAUUACCCAGUGGUGCAAUAUUCUUCUGCACAAAACUCUAGUGUAAUAAUUAUUAUUUUUUUGUACAAAAGUGAUGUUAAAUAUUGUUUUAUUUAUUUGUGCUAGCUGUUGAAUAAAUAUUGCUUUCUUGCCAUAAUAAAGCAGUUAAUUUCCACACAACAGUUGUGAAAUGAUAACCAGUUUUUAUCUGUAUCCUCUAUAACUGUCUUUGCCAUAAAAUGCUCUGUGUGAAGAUAUUUUGAUUUUUAUGUUAAAAUAAGCUUCAAUAAAGAUUAUUAAAUCCAG